CUUGAUGUACGGAAUUGUGCCGGUGGACUAGAAACUCCCGCCAUUUCGACAAGGAAUUAACCUCUUGAUUGAUCCAGGUUUACUUUUUCUCGUAACACUUGCUGAUUCUCUUAUGCGAUAACUCUUGACAGUUGGAACAUGCAGCGAAUACAACGGAUGAAAAGAGAACAGGCCUAGUUUGCAAAGACUUGGGACUGAACAGCGCGCCAAACCUCCUCCUGCUUAACUCAGCUCUGGUUGUUGCCGCGAGUUUGAUUUCGGUGUGCUUUGCAUCCUUUCACGUUCACCCGGAGGAGCUAAAAGUUUACUAACUAUUUCGAGGGACAAGUCUGGGAAACUGUUUUACAUUAAAGACGUUGCGUAAAACCAGCAUGGCACCGCCACAAGAGAAGAGUAAAAGGAUGCGAUGAGGCGGGCGGCGAGAAGCGCACUGUUAUUGUUUUGCAACUAGAUAGCAACCCAGCACACUAGCUAACCAGCUAGCUGCUACACGCUGAGAGCCGGGCGGGCCUGCCGGCGCUAACGUGAGACGUGCUAAUAUAUUUCGGGACACUUGCAUACAUGCUAAGGUCGUAUUAUUGUUUGUUCUUGUACUAGUUUGUUACUAGAAGAUCCGAUUUUACUCUUGGCACCCGUGUGCCAUCUGUGGAUGUGAGAUGGCACCGCUUUUAGGCCGGAAACCAUACCCACUGGCUAAGCCGCUAGCCGAGCCACCAGGCCCGGGAGAGGAGGUCUACAUCAUCGAGCACACCAAGGAGGCCUUCAGGAACAAAGAAGAGUAUGAGGCACGCUUGCAAAGGUAUGAUGAGCGCAUCUGGACAUGCAAAAGCACUGGAAGCAGCCAGCUCACACACAAAGAAGCAUGGGAGGAGGAACAAGAAGUCACAGAACUGCUACAGGAGGAGUAUCCCCUCUGGUUUGAGAAGCCAGUCCUGGAGAUGGUCCACCACAACACAGUGUCUUUAGACAAACUGGUGGAAAUGGCCUGGGUGGAAAUCCUCACCAAGUAUGCUGUGGAUGAAGAGUGUGACUUCCUGGUGGGGAAGGACAAAAGUUUGCAAGUAAAGGUGGUGAAGAUUCAUCCCCUAGAAAACCCAGAGGGUGAAGCGGGGGAGAAGAAGCUCGAAGGUGCCUGCGACUCUCCAUCCAGCGACAAGGAGAACGCGAGUCAGGAGAACCAGAGGAAGGAACCUCCUCCGCGAGAAGAGGAGAACAGAAGGGAGAGUCUGAGUGACAGAGCACGACGUUCACCAAGGAAACUUUCUACUGCCAUGAAGGAAGAGAAGAAGAGAUGGGUGAUGCCCAAAUUCCUUCCUCAUAAGUACGACGUGAAGCUCAUCAAUGAGGAUAAGGUGAUCAGUGAUGUCCCAGCAGACAGUCUUUUUAGAACUGAGCGCCCUCCGACCAAGGAGAUCAUGCGCUACUUCAUCAGGCACUACGCUCUGAGGCUGGGCAUGGGAGAGAGCGCUCCCUGGGUAGUUGAAGACGAACUGGUGAAAAAGUUUAACCUGCCCAGCAAAUUCAGUGACUUUCUUCUUGAUCCACACAAGUUUUUAGCAGAGAAUCCCUCUGCAAAGCGUAAGAGCUUGUCAUCUCCAGAGGGGAAACCCAGCAAGAGGCUCAAGACCUCUGACACACCAGGAGAGGAUUCAGGAAAUGAGAAGGGAGAGAAGAAGAAAAGGAAGAAGGACUCUUUGGGCAUGCCCCUUAGUCCGACCAUUUGGGGCCACAUGCAGAAAAUCAAAAUGAAUGGCUCCCCACUGAAGGUGAAGAACAAAGGCUCAGCUCCCUCCACUCCAAAACCAGGCAGAAAGUCAGGAGAGAAGAAAGAAGGAAAGAAAACCGGAAAGAACGGUGACAAGAAGCUCAACGUCCUCAAAGCUUCUAAAAAGGACGGCAAAACUGGUCCGAAGACACCGAAAAUGAAGCAGAUGACUCUGCUGCAUCUGGCUAAGAGCACCCCUGCUGGGAGCCCGAAGAAGAGAGCCCGCAGUACUGGCAUGGGUACGCCUAAACUGGGGAAGCCACUGCACCCUAUGGCUCUCCACCUCCUCCGUUUCUAUAAGGAGAACAAGGGCAAAGAGGACAAGAAGACCUCCUUUUCAUACCUCAUCACCAAAGCCGCAAAGACCUUGUCCCUCGAUGACCGGGGCCGGCUUCCAGAGGAGCUCCAGGAAAUGGUGCAGAAACGCUGGGAGCUGCUGGAGCAAAAGAGGCGAUGGGCGGCCAUGAGUGUAGAGGAAAAGCAGGAAGAGAUGAAGAAAAGACGAAAGGAGCUCAAAGAGAAACUGCGAGAAAAGGCCAAGGAAAGACGCGAGAAAGAGAUGAUCGUCCGCCGCGAACAAUCACGCAGAUACGAGGACCAGGAGAUCGAAGGUGGCAAGACCCUGCCCACGUUCAAGCUUGUAGACAUGCCCGAGGGGCUGCCCAACACCCUGUUUGGUGAUGUGGCAAUGGUCGUGGACUUCCUUCACUGCUAUGCAGGGCUGCUGAUGCCGGAUGACCAGUAUCCCAUCACAGCAGUGGCUAUGAUGGAAGCUCUGGCCGGCGAGCGCUCCGGCUUCCUCUAUCUGAACCGCGUGCUGGUGGUGCUGCUGCAGACGCUGCUGCAGGACGAGCUGGCAGAAGGCUACAGCGAGCUCGACAUGCCCUUAUCCGAGAUCCCCCUCACAAUGCACUCUGCGUCAGAGCUGACGCGGUUGUGCCUGCGACCGUGCGACGCCCACGGCGAGGAGAGCGGCCAGGGAUCUGUGGACUCCGGGGGUUUGGGGGGCUUUGACGACGUGGUGACCAGCGAGUUCCUGGAGAAGCUGGAGACGGUCGAGGUGUUUGAGCUGGGCCCCGAGGAGAAGGUCAGCCUGCUGGUGGCGCUGUGCCACCGCAUACUCAUGACGUACUCCGUUGAAGACCACGUCGAUGCAAUACAGCAAAAGUCCGCUGAGGUGUGGAAGGAGCGCCUGGCGAUGCUGAAAGAGGUCAACGACCGCAAAAAGGCAGAGAGGCAGCUGAGGAAGGAGAUGGAGAGCAAAGGCGAGAAAAAGAAAGAGGGGAGUGCUAAGAAGGAGAGCAAAAAAGAAGCAAAGGUGGAACCAGAGCCGGAGCCAGAGGACAUGAUCAGCUCUGUGAAGAGCCGGCGGCUGAUGGUUCAACAGGCCAAGAAGGAGAAAGAGGAGAUGGACAGACAGAACAAAGAGCGCAUGGAGAAGGAAGCUGAGGAAGAGCGGAUUCGUAGACAGAGGGCUGCUGUAGAAAAGGCCUUUCAGGAGGGUAUCACCAAAGCCAAACUUGUCAUGCGCAGGAGCCCACUGGGAACCGACAGAAAUCAUAACAGAUACUGGCUUUUCUCUGACGUGGUUCCUGGUCUGUACGUUGAGAAAGGCUGGGUGCAUGAAGGCAUCGACUACAGCUUCACCCCUCCACCCGAGGACAAACCAGCUGAGCCCGAGGUAGAAGAAGAAGAGGACGGCGAGUCGGCUGCUACUCAUGAUUCACAAGGUGCUGAAAAGGAUGAUGGCGCCGAAAAAGAUGAUGGCGCCGAAAAAGAUGAGUGCGCCGAAAAGGAUGAAGGAGCCGAAAAGGAUGAUGGCAGCGUAGAUGGUGCUAUUAGUGAGGGAGCCCAGCAGGGGGCAGCAGCAGACAUCUGCAUCGAAACGACUAUUCCCAACCAGGGACAGAACCUCUGGUUCGUAUGUGAUAAUCCAGCUGAGCUGGAGGAACUAGUGGAAAGUCUUCAUCCUCAGGGGGUUCGCGAGAGUGCACUGAAGGCCAAGAUACAAAGCAGGUACCAGGACAUCCUCCACUCUGUCCACCUGACCAGGAGAGGAAAGCUGGGCCUCAGGACCUGUGACGGCUAUACAGAGCUGCUCACUUACCUGCGCAGUGACAUCCAGGAGGUGGCCUCGCGACUCCAGAAGGGAGGCCUGGGGUACCUGGAUGACAACACAGACUUUGAAGAUCAGUUGAAAGACAUGGAGAGCUUGAAAGAAUUUGGUGAGUGCAUCAUCACCAUUCAGGCCUGUGUGAUCAAAAAGUUCCUGCAGGGCUUCAUGGCCCCCAAGCAGAAAAAGAAGAAGAAGCAGGGAGGGGAGGAAAGCAGCAAGGCUGAGGAGGUGGACGAGGAGAAAAGGCUGGCAGAAGAGGCCAGGGUGGCAACAGCAGUUGAGAAGUGGAAGGCCGCUAUCCGAGAGGCCCAGACCUUUUCCCGCAUGCAUGUCCUGCUGGGGAUGUUGGACGCCUGCAUAAAGUGGGACAUGUCUGCCGAGAAUGCACGCUGCAAAGUUUGUCGCAGGAAAGGUGACGACGAGAAACUUAUCCUCUGCGACGAGUGCAACAAGGCCUUCCAUCUGUUCUGUCUGCGACCGGCCCUGUACCGCAUCCCUGAGGGAGAGUGGCUGUGUCCGGCCUGCCAGCCCACUGUGGCCCGACGAGGCUCCCGUUCACGGAACUACAACCAAGACACAGACGAAGAGGAGGAUGAGGAAGAGUCUGAGGAGGAGGACUCUGAGGAAGAUGACGAGGAAGAGAAUGACUACAAAGCCAUGGGGCACAGCUUGAGACCACGGAAGAAAGUUAAGCAGUCUUCGUCUCGGCAGAAAAGUUCAAAAAGUAAACCCAAGAAGCAGACGCCUUCAAGUAAUCAGAGCAGCAAACAGAAGACCGGCCCAAACAGCCCUGCAGACAUCGAUGAACUGGUGCGACAGAGCUCCCAGUCAGGAGUGCGCAGGCAGGCGCUGGAGCUGGAGAGGUGCGAGGAAAUCCUCAAGAAACUGAUGAAGUUCCGCUACAGCUGGCCGUUCAGGGAGCCCGUGUCCCCGGACGAAGCAGAGGACUACCUGGACAUCAUCUCCCAGCCCAUGGAUUUCCAGACCAUGUUGGGAAAGUUCAGCCAGGGCUCGUAUCGUCACGGCCAGGACUUCCUGGAAGACCUGAAACUAGUGUUCUCCAACGCAGAGGAGUACAACCAGCAGGGCAGCACGGUGCUGUCCUGCAUGGUCAAGACGGAGCAGACGUUCACCGAGCUGCUCCAGAAGCUGCUGCCAGGCCUCAGCUACCUCCGCAGGCGCUCACGCAAACGUGUCAGCCAGCAAGCAUCAGCUCCCGCAACAUCUGAGGAGGAAGAUGAAGAUGUUGAAGAGGAGGAGGAAGAGGAAGAAGAAGAAGAAGAAGAGGAGCCGAAGAAGAAGAUGCAGAAUGGCAAAUCGAACAAGAAAACAACCCGAAAUGUUCGGGGACGGAGGGAAGAGGAGAGUGAGGAGGAGGAUGAUGAGGAGGAGGAUGAUGAUGAUGAAGGCAGGAGGAGAAGUAAGCGGACCUCUGCCUCCUCAGGCAGGAAGAAUUACAGGGAGCAGGAUAGCGAUGGCGAGCGGGACACACGGAGAACUCGUCAGCGGGGGGGGCGGGGCGACGCAGGGGGAGUGAGCAGCGACGAGGAGCGGUCCAGCCAGCAGCGACAUUCCAAGAGACAGAAACGCUCAUGAAGUCCAGGGUGCUUUUUUUUUUGUUUUGUUUCGUCGGCUCUUUUUGCUUUAAAUUUGUCCCGCUCAUCUAAAAAAUUAUCAAGAGCCCUCCUCCUCCUUCUUCCUCACAGCCAGCGGGACUUAAUCCUCAGAAGGACUUUUUUUCGUGUUAUUGAAUUUCUGUUCAUAUUUUGAAAAACGACAAAAGAAAACAGAUUUAUAUUUGUAACAUGUUUAAUAUUGGUAAUGGGUUUUUUUUUUUCCAACCAAGAAAAAUUUAGACAUUUGAGAUAACGGAUUGUAGCUCUUAAGACUCUUUAAUUUGAACUUCAGUUACAAGUUGACGACCUCACACACACAACCUCACACGCACACAAACGCGUGUAAUUUGAUUUAAAAUGUUGUCCUGUGAACCGCUUUGUUUCACAUUUCCACUCCUCAACCACCAGUUCAGUGUAAUCCGAGGUCUGUCUCCACUCAUAGUCCAGCCAUCACUUUACUGGGGUGUCUGUCUGUAAAGUGAUAGUCCCAUCCACAUCUCUGUGUCAAGUCACAAUGUUUUCACUGACUAAAAGUACUUAGAGAUGGUGUCUGUGUAGCCAAAUCACCUCCGAGAAGACUUCCUUAGCUUCAAAACAUGACUGAAAGCUGAUUUUCUUCCCGUCAUCUGUAAAUCGCUCUUACUCCUAAUCAUCUUGACACCGACACUUUCUUUGGUCAAGUCUAUAGAUAAACAUGUUAGGAUUUCUACUAGUCUUAGUGUUGGUUCUUUUCCAGCCCAGGUGCAGAUUUAUUGUCAAAGUCCGGGUCAAGACUGCAGGUCACAUGUAGUCGCAUCACUUUUGUGCUAAAACACACCUCUCAGCUCUUGGUGCCAGGAUGUUUUUCCAAACCAGACUCGACCCUGCGGUCUCAAUCUUGGUGCGUGGAGCUGACCAGCCUUUCCUCCUCCUCCUCCUCCUCUGUAGUGCCCUGCCACUUUAAAAACGAACCGGUACCUCAAUGCUCCGUCAGUUUGCACUCCUCCUGUGUAAAGUAGUGCACCUAUUAUGCCAGCAGCUGCAGGACCAGACUUUAUUGAAAUUAUGUGCAUAAACAUUUGUAAACAGUGUUUAAAAAUCAACAAAUGUGACGUUUGUUAAGAAAAUGGGCAUUUUUUUGAAUAUUUGAUAUUUUUUGCACAUUUUAUUUGGUAUUGUAAAUGAUAACUUGUUCUUAAUCACCUCUAAUAAAUGGCAAGGUUUAACCAGGGCUCCUCUCUAGUCGAUGCAGAGAACAUGUCAGUUUACUUUUCAUUGUCGCAGCAGAAACAAUUAGUCCUUUGUACAUUUUUAUAACACCUCAAGUCACUCAUUUAAAUGGAUUUAGUGGGUGAAAAGGCUCCUGAGAGGCAAGUGAAGGUUUCCCCCUGCAUGUCCUGGUUCAGCCACCAGGUGGUGCUCUACUCCUGCUCUCUGAGUACUUUUGUCCCAGCAGCCGUUUGUAAGUAAUUAAGUGACAGUGCUUUUAGCUUUUUGCUGCUCUGUGCGCUCACUGGUCAUCGCAGGACAGAGGGAGCUUUAUAGUGCUGGUGUAUUUUGGCUCCACGACUUGUUUCCUGAAUGCGCUGAAGUUUCUGUAGUUUGUGACGAGGUUGCCAACAAUGUAUGUGUACCCAUGUAUACUGAUAAGGCAGUGGUUGGUUUGCACUCUUCUGUCUGUACUGUGCUGUGCUGUUCUCCUGUGUUUUUCUAGUGCUGUUAUCAUCGAGACCUUUCUGAUUUCAUUUGGCCACCGAUUGUUUUCACCCCCCCCUUAUUAUUGUUUAAAUUCGGCUUUGUUCCUGACAUGAUUUAUUAAAAAAAAUCACUGUUGUAAUUGUUUGACAUUUCAACAAACAAACAAAAUGCGACUGCCCUUCUCAAGUUGAGAUCUGACUGUAAAUGCUUUCUUUGUUCUUGGAGGAACUGCAAAAAAAAGUCUUUUUACACUUCCUUUUUUUAUAUAUAUAUUUAUAGUCUCUAAAAGCUGGGUUUGGGCAGGUUCGGAGGAUUUCACAUGUAAAGAAUUUCCAAUAAAGGCUAUGGACGAAUAUCGUAGUUCUCCCUGUUUUAUUUGAGGUCAGACAGACAGACAGACAUCACUGCCAUCUGUUAAACUUUGUGAUAAGACAAUGAUCGGGGAGGGAAAUCACCAACUACCGAUGUCUAAUUUUACUUUUUAAUAAAAUAUCAAACAGUG